AUGCUGUUGUACACCGUCCAGUUCCUCUGCUCCGUGGUCGCUGCCUUCGCCCGCCUCGCCCGCGCCCUCCGCAAGGCCAUGGCAUCCGUCCUCUGCUCCCCGCCGGUCUCCCUGCCCGCCACGACCUCCCCUGCGUCGUCCGCGCCGCUCUCCAUGCGGAGGAAGGCGCACCCGGCUCUCAGCGUCGCCGUAGGGGACGCGCUGCGUGAGCGUGACCAGAGGGAGGCCAGGGAGCAGCUGCUGAUUGCGCCGGCGGUGGACGCCUUUGCGGCGUGCAACGGCGGCGGUGGCGCCGCGCAGCAGGUCGAGCCCGCGAAGAAGGCGGCGCGGGGGGCGAGGAAGAGGCCGUCGAUGCUGGUCAUACCCGUCGCCCCUGAGGCCGUCGAGGUGGCGGCUGGCUGGGGGACCGUUGUGGCCGAGAAGGAGGCCGAGGUGGAGGUGGAGGGGGAAGGGUUUUGGCUGGCGAGCAGGAGAGGGGCCAGGCAUGCAAUGGAGGAUGCAUAUGGUGUGAUCGCUCAGAAACUUGGAGCAGAUUCCCAGCUGGCAUUCUACGGUGUGUACGACGGACACGGCGGCCGCGCAGCGGUGGACUUCGUCUCCGACCACCUCGGCAAGAACGUGGUCGCUGCUGUGCUGGCCACGACGACGGAGGAGGCGCAGGGAACAGAACCGUCGUCGGGGUCGACGGAUGCUGUCACGGCGGCCAUCAGAGCCGCCUACUUGGCCACCGACAGCGAGCUCGUGAAGCAGGGCCUGAGAGGUGGCUCAUGUGCCGCAACGGCGCUGGUCAAGGACGGCGACAUCUACGUGGCGAACCUCGGCGACUGCCGCGCCGUCAUGUGCCGCGGCGGUGUGGCGACUGCCGUGACCUCCGACCACACCGCCGCGAGGGAGGACGAGAGGUCCCGCAUCGAGAACUCGGGUGGCUACGUGAGCUGCGGCAGCAACGGCGUGUGGAGGGUGCAGGACUGCCUGGCCGUGUCGCGGGCGUUCGGCGACGCCGACCUCAAGCGCUGGGUGAUCCCAGAGCCGGAGAUCCGGAGGCUUCCCCUCACCGCCGGCUGCGAGUUCCUCGUCCUCGCCUCCGACGGCCUCUGGAACAAGGUGUCCAACCAGGAGGCGGUGGACGCCGUCUCCAGGAGCCGCGCCGGCCGGGACUCCACGGGGUGCUUCAAGGAGCUCGUGGACAUGGCGCGGUGUAGAGGGAGCAGGGAUGACAUCACCGUCAUGGUGGUCGACCUCAAGAGGUUCACGAUAUAA